AGAGGUUAUGGCUUAGAGAUGUGUUUGGAAUCAAAUUGACAACUGGGCCACAUGAUGUUUGGAUGAACUGAUUAAAUAAUGGUUAAAUAACGGUUAACUAUGGUUUAAAUAUGGUUAAUAUGUUUGCAAUCGCCGUCUUUAGGCAUUCAACCACUUGACGUUCGUUCUUUGGCAAAGUCCAAACGUGGCUUUGUGCAAAGUCUCCGUCGAAGUGAAGUGAUCACCAAAACGAGCCCCGAGAAGUGGGAGAGUGACCUCCCUAGUAGUAGAUGAGUCUAUUCUGAUCAGAAUAGGGGUGGUCAACCGGUCGGUCCCCCGGUUUUGACUCAUGGCCUAUCUGAGAAAACAAAAGAAUCCAAGAACUUCACACUUUGCGGGUUGGUGCCACCAGAGGCUUCAAAGUUUCUGGUUGCCGCAAAGGACGUUGGCACUGGCAUCCUUAGGACGCUUUGCUUGGAUUUCCUUGGUCUUUGUGGUGGGGUACCAGAAGCGAUGCAAGUCUUCUUCAGGAGCACUUUGGGCCUUCUUUUUAGUUUUCUUCUCGGCUACACCUCUUCCUUUCUACUGGUACGUCAGGAGAAGUUCUACGAAGCGAUGUAUGAGGAGUCGGCAAUCCUCACUCAGCUGCUUGAGGAGGCGCCACUGCUCUUGGCUUCGAAAGAGCUUUUACUUUUAAUGAAAAAUGCACGACUUUACCUCGCUUCUAGCACCUGGCGGAAUGCGAGCUUUAUCCCAUCAGAACUCGUUGCCAGGACUUUGCGCUCAGACAAGGACCCAAUCGAAGAGAUCACCCGACUCCUCAUUCAGAUUCAGACCCCUGGUAGUGAGCGGCUCCUGACCAUCAUCACGGCCAUACGCAUGGCUCGAUCAAGGAAAUAUUCCUCUAUGCAACGAAUCAUCCCUACGACACAAUUCGGGCUGCUGGUGGUUCUUGCAGUGUUGAUCACACUCACGCCUUUUCUUGAUGGCAAGAGUGAUACAUCAUUCUUGGCACAAUGCUUGUACGGAAUCCUGGUGGAGGUUCUCAUUUUCGUGAUCGUUUAUGUUGGUGGUGGACCAGGACUCGGCAUUUAUACAACAGACAAGGAGCGUUCGACCAUCCUGAAGGCUCUGAUGGAGUUGAUUGAUAAGACCGAAGCCGAAACAAGGUCUUCAAAAGCCCAUGGAGGCAAGAAAGCAAGACGAAACUUGAAAACAAACACUGAAGAAAAGACCGAGCAGUUCGCUUUGUAGCGUUUGAUUUGUACAGUCUUUGUAGAUUGAACACCUCGAGAGUGACUGGAGCAAGUUUUUAAAGGGUAGAGCUACCUUGCCUUUGUUACCAGACUCUCAGACUGUUUUUGGUAGACCGCUGCAAGACACGCAUGGCGUGAGAUUUUCCACGUGGAAGAUUCCGUGACUGGAUUUCUGAGCAACCCUUGUGCCACACACCCUGAUGCCCAGAGAAAGGUUACGCAUUUUGGCAGACUUGGCAAUGCUCAUCAAGCAUUUUGGCCAUUUUUGUGUCGCGAUGUUGCCAGCUCUCUCUCUCUCUCUCUCGCUCUUCCACUGAUUGUGCAGCAAUUUUCGAGCGAAGCUUUUGCUCUCUAUAGCC